AUGGCAACCGCAUUUGGCCCCGAGCGGCUAUCAGGCCCAUCUUCCGGUCCAGCAUUCGACAGCCCUGCCGACCGAUUUGCUGCUUCGAUGAAUUCAUUAAAUGGAUCUCAAUCAAUCGACUGCGGCGCCCAAGCUGAUGAACCGCCUCCAAAUCCUCCAUUCGUCUUUCCAGCUCAACCACCCGUCUCGGCAUCCGCACCCUCAUCCUUUUCAAGAGCGACAGGACGUCGUCCCAUGUCGGCCAUUGAGACCCCCAACUUCAGUUUUGGGUUUUCCGCUGAAAAUGCGGAGAGAAAUGCUCGGUCAGCAUUGCCAGAUUUUAGCUUCAAUCCUGGUGCGAUGCUUUCCCCAGAUCGCGAGAACAACUUCCUCUUGACUCCUCCAAUUUCUCCUCAUUCUCCCAGGAAUGGUGCAUCGCAACAGCGACCUGGUGGUCAUGGACACCGAAGAGGCGGUAGUGAAUUCGUUGGAGGCCGUCUUCGUGAGGGCAAUUCGAUUGCCAUUAUGAGCACCAGUCCAACAAAGUCCGAGAGUGGACUUGUGUCGCCAGCAUUUCAAAUCCCACCGAGAAGGGGUCAUCGAAGAGGAAUUUCUGGCGCCAUCUCGACAAAUGACCUUCCUAUCCUCCAACCACCCGUUUUCGAUUCUGCCGGUCGUGGGAACAGCGCACCAACAAGUCCGACCGACUAUGAGCAACCCAACAAUCAAGGACCUCUUAAGCUUGACGAACAAAUCACGCCUGACCCCGAACCAGUACCCAAACCGGAGGCGUCGAAAGUAACCACAGACCCGGUCGCAAAAUCAUCACCUGACAGCAGUCCCAAGAACCCCAAAGCUCGUGUUGGAUUCUCUGAUACACUCGAGUUCAUACCACGACCCUUGUCUCUGGUAUCCAACGAGACAUCCAGCACUGUAACGGCGCGUCCUGGACAUUCUCUAUCUGGCAGCAUCUCAUCUAUCGUUUCAGCGAACUCGCCCAGUGGCCGUGAUAGUCCAUCACCUUUAUCUCAAACACCAACCCGCGAGAUAUCGGAUUCUCGACCAAGCACAGCAGGUGCCAUACUUGAGAAUACUAACGAUUUGGCCAACGCAGCCUGCUCGCCCAAGCGCCGAAACUCAAUUCCUACCCUGCUCAAUUUCGCCGAUACCCCCAAGGCGGAAGAUCCUGAGCCCAGUCCGACCAGAAAGCGUUGGUCAUUCUUUGCUAGAGAGCACUCGAGUGGCAACACAUCUCCCGGAAAGGCACGGCCGCAGAGCGCCGGCUCACUUGAUCUCUUGACAAAGAUAGCGCCUGCAUCCAGCAGCAGAUUUGACACCGCUACCGAAACUCCUGAUGUGGUGCCGGCCAAACCCAAGAGCAGCAAGAAGAGCAAGAAGAAGAAGAAGAAAGUCAAGGGCUGGGCCGGCGCUAUUUUGCCGCGAAAACCAAAAUCUCACAACAAGCGCUCGAAAUCCGAAGGUGGUUGCUCUCCUUCUCCUCCAGCACCCAGCGUCGCCCGAUAUGAGGGUGCGGAUCAAAUGUAUGGAGAGCCAGAAUUAUUGCAGAUUUCAACUCCCACACUCACUGUCACGGAGUCUCCUGAUCCUCCUCAGGAGGAUGAGAAACCAAAACGAUCAGCUGAUGAAUCAUCAUAUCCCAUGAUCGAUUUAGAUGCAGCUCUUGGUCCUUUCAACACACCAUUACCUCAGAAUCCUGAGUGGGAGGCCGCCCAGCGAGCAGCUGGCGGUGUUGGAAAGCGUCGACUCCACAGUGCACAGGGUAUGAAGGGCUUCAGCGGCCCUGGUAUGCAUUAUCACCGGCGUGCUGAAUCUGCUCCUGAUCUGCCUCCUUUUGACCCUGGCCGUGCUGGUAUACAUCGUUACAACAGCAGCUCCACCAUGGCUGAUGUUUUUGAGGAAGACGAAGAGGAUGAUGACAAUGCUAGAUCUGGAACAACCGAUGACUCUUCGGAAGAAGAGACUGACUCUGAUAGCGACGCUACACCCCCAGCUGGUGUUGUUCGAGACCCUCUUCGUAAUUCCCAGGAUAAGCUAUCAGUGCACAAUAUGAGACGAACUACUUCUAGUCUCAGCGACAAGGAUCAAAUAUCCGGCAGUACGGUCAGAGGCGAACGCUCAAGGUCAUCUCUUCACGAAAGUGUCAUCGCCGAGGAGUUCCCAAGUGUAAUAUUCCGUUCGCCAUUCAUGCCUGCGGAACGAUGCGGCACUGCCGACUCCGCUCACUCGUCACUCAAGAGGUUCUCUGCCAACAACGACCUCUCUCCCGGCGAAGUCAGCCCGCUGCACCUUCCAGCACCAGCCAACGUACCAAACAGUCCUUACGCCAUCAGCUACUCGUCCUCGUUCCCGUCGCCUAGGUCUCCCAUGUCUGUUGAUGUACAGCGAAUCUCGACAGCUCCCUCGUCGGUAGCUGAUGAGAACAACUUCCGGUCUCUGCUGUUGAUGGGAGAGCCUGGUCCCGAGGUUCGGGUUUCGGUGGAUUAUGAUAUUCCCUCACUGACGUCGAGCAAUUCCACAAUGACGCGAGAAAGUAUGUUUCUCCCAGGUCAGCGUCAAUCCCAACCGACGCUUCGAGAGCCCCGCCCUGUUUCGGUGUCGUCUGCCUUUGGGCGUCGAAGGUCUAGCCUGGCUAGCCUCAGUCGUCUCAUCAGCAGCUCCCACGGUGAACGGAGCAAGCUAUCGAUGGAAGUUACACUGGACAGCGAUGAGAACAAGAAGCCAAAGAGCAGCCGAACAAAGAAGCUGGGCCGCAUGAUGCAGUUCUGGAAGCCCACCAAGGAGAAGGAACCCAUCAAGGAGAAAGAAGGCGAUACUAAAUAA